GGCGGAGUACAGCUUCCGUGUUUGAACUUGAACCUGGGAACAGCAUGGGCAGCGUUGAUCUGUAGUGAGCUCUUCAUGCUGAUGCUUUUGGCUUUUACAACUACUAUGUUAAGAUGCUGUUUUAUAAAUAAUUAAUGAUGGCAGGGUUGAUGUCAGUAAGCAGCAGAUCCGCCUGGAUUCAGAGAAGCUUUAAAGGGUGGAUAAGAGGAGGAAUAAUUCAGCAGCAGGCUCUGUUGUGUGUAGGUGGCGCUCUCGCUCCUCCUGGUGACUGCAUUGUAACGGUGGAGCAGGCGGUGAGUGUGUGGACACAAUGUUUCCAGCAACAUGGUAUCUCUGAAGCACUGCUCUCCUCAGACUACAUCAUAGCUCACGUCCUGGGAAAGAAAACUCUGCAAAGUUUGGAAAGGAGGAGGCUCCAAGAAAAACUGAGUGACAAACAGAGAGAAGAAGUUUGGGCAUUGUGUUCCAAACGCCUGACAAGUAUGCCGGUGCAGUAUGUGAUUGAGGAGUGGGACUUCAGGGAUCUGACCCUGAAAAUGAGACCUCCAGUGUUUAUUCCUCGCCCGGAGACAGAGGAACUGGUUAGUUUGGUGUUGAAGGAUCUACAGUCACUGUGGAGAAGAAGUAGUUUGCGAUGCCUGGAGGUGGGCUGUGGAUCAGGUGCCAUCUCUCUGAGCCUACUGCAUAGUGUACCACAGCUCCAGGCAGUUGCAUUGGACCAAAGCCAGGAAGCAGUUUCUCUCACUAAGGAAAAUGCAGAGAGACUGGGGUUCUUGGACAGACUGGACAUUUAUCAUUUGGAUAUUAUGAAAGACACUGAUUUGACAGUGAGAAGCUGUAGUCCUGUUGAUGUGAUCGUUAGCAACCCUCCUUACCUGUUUUCUGACGAUAUGGAGUCUCUGCAGUCAGAGAUACUCAGGUUUGAAGAUCACUCAGCAUUGGAUGGAGGUUUGGAUGGCAUGUCAGUAAUCAGACAGAUUCUAACUCUAGCACCGAGACUGUUAAAAGACGAAGGUCGAAUGUAUCUAGAGGUGGAUCCACGUCAUCCUCCACGCAUAAAGAGUUUGGUUGAGGAACGCAUGCUGGGGUUGCAGUAUUUGGGAUCACACUGUGAUUUCACUAACAGGUUGCGGUUCUGCAUUCUACAGAAGAGGGGAUGAACUAAAAGAGGAACACACAUAGCACGAGAGAAAGCUGAUAUGGAAGUGGUGGCUUAAGCGGCACAUGUGAAGAAGCAUAUUCUACACUGUUCUGCCAAAGUCAGAGCCUGCAAGGUUUCUGUGGGGUGUUUAAGGUGUGAUUUUAUUUAUUUUUUAUCCUAAAAAGGAUUAGAAUUAAAGGCAGACCUGCCAGAGCAAUGCGCUUGAGUCUUCUGACCAGUUUAUAAUUCAUACAAUAUUCCAGAUUGAAGAACUGACCAUAACUGAUAGUUAAAAUAGCACAGUGUGAAUUGUUCUGCAUUUGUAACUAUUUUGAUGGUCUUACUGUGCACAUAGAAUUAUUUGUUUAAUAAAAAUAAUAUUUUGGG